CGCUGCCGCACGGACACGGACGCAGCACAAAGGCCGCCCCGCGCGCCCGCGCAGAGCGAGCCGGGAACGCAAGGGAAGGCGAGCGGCAGCAAGCGGCGACCAUGGCUCUGCUGCCUCUCGCCAUCAUCACCCUCCCCCCUCCCGUCUAGACACGCAUCAUUGCGCUCCUCCGCGCGGCACUCCUCCCCUCCCGUGUCUGUCGCCCUGCCUCUCUCCCCCAGUCUCGUGCUCUCCUGCUCCUCUGCCCCGCUGCUCCUUCUCUUCUUCGCUUCCCCCUUGCUUGCCGUGCCGGUGCACCGCGCGGUGGCUAGCUAUAUAUAGCCAGCCGAGCCGGCGUCCCUUUCCCGAUUCCAACAGUGCGGCGGCGGCGGAAGCGGAAGAGGCAGCGGAGGACGCCAUGAACGCCUUCUUCACGUCCCUGGCGCGCGGGCUGGACGACCUGGGCCGCGCCGGCGGGCUGUCGUCGCUGCCGGCGCUGCUCCGGGCCGCGGCGCUGCUCAGGGGGCUGCACUCACAGCUGACGCUCAUGGUGGGCCAGCUCCACCUGCCGCCCGGCGGGCGGUGGCUCGACGAGUACAUGGACGAGACGGCGCGCCUCUGGGACGCCUGCCUCGCCGUCAAGCUCGGCCUCGCCUCCCUCGAGAGGUACUGCGCGGCGGCCUCGUGCGCCGCCGCGGCGCUGGAGGACUGGCUCCAGGACCCCUCCCCUCUCGCCACUCGCCAGGUGAUGAGGGCGAUCUCGGCGUCGAGGAGGGAGGCGAUGGCCGCGGAGGAGGAGAACCGCGCGCUCGCGGACGCCAGGAUCGCGCCGCUCUCGCUGCAGCUGGACGAGCGGCUGGUGCUGCGCGCCACGGACGCCAGGCUCACCGGCUUCAACGGCUUCCGGGGGCUCCUCUACGCGCUGCACAACGCGAGCUCGCUCCUCCUGCUCAUCCUCGCCAGCGGCGCCGUCUCCCGUGACGCCGCGGCCGGGGGACCGUGCGCCGCGGAGGCCGGCGCGGACGCCGCCGGCGGCUUCGCGGCGUCCAUCGCAAUGCUGCAGCAGAGGAUGGCGGAGGAGGCCGACUCGGACGGCCCCGGCGCGCCGCGGAUCAGGAUGUGCGAGUUCCGGUGCGCGCGCGCCGCCGUGGAGGCCGCGCGGGAGGAGGUGGAGCGCGCCGCCGCGGCGGGCCGCAAGUGCGAGGGCGGCGUCGUCAAGGACAAGGUGGAGGAGCUCAAGGCGUGGCUAGACGUGCUCCGCACCGGUACGGACAGCCUGGUGUGCCAGCUCGACGACUUCCUGGACGACAUUGUCGAGGGCAGGAAGGAGCUCUCCGACCUGUGCAGCCACUGAUCGAUCGAUCGAUCGGCCGCAGCUCCGAUCGAGGCUCACAGCCCCGGCCCCAGCAUAAAGAUCAUCAUCACGAAUUCACAUGAAUGAAUGCAUGAUGCUUGUUGCUUGCUUGCUUGCAUGGUGGUACAAGCAAAGUUAAUACGUACUCGUACUCGUACUAGCAGUGUCCCUAGCUAUAGCAAUACUAGCAUGCUGUCCCCAUCUUCUUUCUCUCUCUAAUCUCCAUCCCUGUCUAGGGAUGGAUAGAGAGUGAUGGAGUCUCUGUCGCAGCAUUUCGGUUGGCCAUGGCCAUGAUGCUGUUCCUUUCUCGUUGUUG